CCUAUGUCUAGUGGUUGGUGAACUCUCCCCUCCAUCUUGGUACGGUCCGUUGCCUAGGUGCUAGUAGAAGCUAGUGUACUCCGCCAUGCCUGUCCAAGGCGCUGGGCUUUCUCAUCACUGCUAGCCCGAGAGCUGCUAGUACGCAUGGAUUACAGCGACAAUGGGACUGAUGGAGCUUGAGGUUCUGCUCUUCAUUGCCACAAAAUGGGACACCAUGUAGGAACAGCUGCAGCUUAAAAUAAGUAUUUUCUCAGCCGAGGAAAUGGCUUCACCAAAGUCAACGUUGAUGGAUCAUGGAGAGUUCUUGACGGAGCUGGACCAGAUUACCAAGCGGCUUCAGGACGAUGGCGUGCCUCCAGAGGCCGGAGCGGCGGAGCGGCAGCAGCAUCUGUGGCGGCAGCUGCUCGACGCCGAGGCAAAGCUUCAGUCGGUCUCAAAGGAGCUGCAGACCUUACGUACGCAGCAGGCCAAUGAAAUGAAGGAGGUGGAGAGCUACGUAGCUCACAUUCGGGCGCUGCUGGAAGAGUGCGAGUGUCUGACUGCAGAGUACGAGAGAGACAACGAAGACUUGAGACACAAACUUCACCAAGUCAAACAUCAACAAGAGAUCCAGAGCAAGGAGAUGGCGGAGAUGUUGUCACAGGAAGACCUGGGGGAGAUCGGCUUGAGCAGCCCCAGUGAGCAGGUGGCUUAUCUGCUGGUGGAGAGGGCCACUCUGCUGGAAAGGCUGGAGGCUGCCGAGGGGAAGCUGGAAAGUCAUACCCUCGCCGUUACCGACAGCGACCAUCAGGAGCACAUCCAAAUAAUGGGAGAGAGUCUCAGGCAGCAGAGGGAGGACUUGAGCAAGACCGUAGAUCACAUGACGAAGCGAAUGCACAGAACGGUUCGAUCACCAUGUGGACAUUGGCUUUUUGUUUUGUCGGCAGUGUUCGUCCCAGAGUCCGUGGAAGAAGCUGUUUGGCCUGCGCAGGCCCAGAGCGAGGAGAUCUCCAGGGAGCGAACUGAGCGGCAGCGGCUGGAGCGGGACCUGGAGGAGGCGUCCAGGAGGCUGGCCAUGGCCCACCAAGACAUCCGCAGACUCAACAACGAGCUAGACGCGGCUAAGAACAACAACCAAGAUCCAUGUGGAUCUGAGCUUGAGGGGACGGUCCAGGAAGUUGAGUACCUGAGGAAGGAAGUGGACAAAAUGAAACACAACGAUAUGAUGAAGCUGCAGCGAGCCAAAGAGCAAAAUGACAGACUGGAUGCAGAGAACAGAGCUCUCAGGGAAAGACUACAUGUCAUAGAGUCCGAGAAGAAAAAUCUUAUGGAUCAGAUGACAAAACCUAAUACAGAAAAAGAAGACUUGGAGAACAAAGGUACCGAAUCUGAAAACUGCCUCUCCGCUGUGUCGACCCAAGAGAAGGAUCCGAUUCAUAAACGGUGUCAGGAAGCGGUGGAAGACGGACUUGUGCAGGUGAGAGAGCUGCAGCGGCAGCUCCAGAGGCUACGCAAGGAGCAGGAGGAGCUGGAGGAGAGGAAUGAGGAGCUGGAGGCCCUGCUGGGGGAGGCCCAGAACGCCAGCAAGGAGGAGAGGCAUCGCCACGAGGGAGAGGUGGAGGGGCUGCACAGGAGGGUUAGAAACCUGGAGGCGGAGCUGAGAAAGCAUGACGCUCAGGAGAAAGCACCGAGAAACGGCGACGAGGCGAAGGCCACCGAGUCCUACCUGCACGUCCACCUGAGGGACAGCUCCCAGGAGAGGAUGUCCCUGCUGGAGGCCCGACUGACUGAGGAGAAGGAGUGGAGGAAACAGCUGGAGUUGGAUCUCACUGCUGCUCAGGCUGCCCUCAAGAAAGAUAAAGAGGCUUUGCAGAUAGGCGAGCGAGAGCUGAAGAAACUGAGACUCGAGGUCAGCGGUCUUCAGACCGAAUGCCAGCAGGGGAAAACGCUCAUCAAAAGCCUGACCCAGGUCAAGGGAGAGAAGGCCGUUCUAGAAGAAAAGGUGGCCCAGAUGGAGCGCGCCCACAGCAGACUCCAGAGUCAGCUGGAGCGCCACAAGGACAGUAACCAGACUCAGACAACAACGAUGGAAAACAGACUGCAGGCUGAUCAGACGCAGAAGCAGGUCGACAGCCUUCACGUCGAGUUCAGCAGCCUGCAGUCUUCACAUGACAGUCUGAGGGAGGAGAUGACCUCUGAGCGCCAGAAGACGGCCGAGCUGCAGGCGGAGCUGAGCGGCGCGGUUCACCUGAAGCUCGAGGCCGAAGGGAAAAGAGAGAGAGUGGAGCUGGAGGUCCAGCGGCUCCAUAAGCAGCUGCAGUGGCAUCAAGAGCAGCUGACCUCUGCAAAGGAGGCGCUUCGUCGCAGCCAGAAGGCUGAAAUGGACACAGCUAACGCAGGGUCUGGGCCCGAGUCCGUAGAGAAAGUAAAGGUUGGGGGUUUGGAUCAGCUUUCAUCUUUGAAGAAGGAAAUGAGCGUCCUGGAAGAUAAGCUGGAGGAGGAGCGGCAGCUGGCCUCUCAGCACCAAAUGGCUCUUCAGGCUCAGAUUAGUGAAGCCCAGGCACAUAUCAAGUUGCAAGACUCGCUGCUGAGCCAGAAGGCGGAGGAGGCGAAACAGAUGAAGCAAGACGUGCAGAGGGCCCAGAGCCUGUUCACCUCGGCCGAGAAGGAGCUGCGCUACGAGAAGGAAAAGAGCCUGGAUCUGAAGAGACACAACACUCUGCUGGAGCAGGAGAAUCUCAAGCUUGGCGCUGAACUCAAGCAGGCCCAGUCUAAGCUGGCACAGGUGGAGCAGAAACUCCAAACUCGAGACGCCGAGUGCGAACGCCUGCAGCAAAAAGUCCGAGAGUUGGAGCUGCAGCUGAUACGCAGCAGCACCAACGGCAGCGCCGCCGCCAGUCUGCAGGAGGAGUUGCAGGCCGAGAGGGCGCGGCUCGUCGCCGCCGAGAAGAAGGUGUUGGAGCUCCAGCAGCAGCUAAAGAACGCCCAGCACCAGCUACGUGUGGAGGAAGCUCGAGCCGGCGAGAGCAGCCGCCUGGAGAGGGAGAGCAGGGAUCUGUUUGACUCUUUGUCGGCCCUCAGGGCCCAGCUGCAGGAGGGCCACAUCGCCAGGAAGCUUUUAGAGCAGCGGGAGGAGGAGCUGCAGCAGCAGGUACGCUCGCUUAGGCUGAAGGAAGCUUCCCUCAACAGGACAAACACGGAGCUCAGCCACCGCGUCCAGCAGCUGGACACUCAGCUGUCCAUCCUGGACGCUGAGCUCAAGAAGACAAGAGAGGAGGUAAAAACAAGCCAGAAGUCAAACCACAAACUGCAGGAAGAGCUGAUUACCAGUCAGCAGGAGUGUGAGAGGCUACAGGAGGAGCUGCAGCGGGUCCUCCUCCAGCUAGAUGCACACAUCAGGAAGUACAACGAAAAGCAAAGCCAACACAAGACCAAACUGUGUCAGGCCAAGCAGAUUUUCCUGAAGGCAACGGCACAGAGAGACUCUACCAUCCAGAAACUGGAGAACGAUCUGGCGCUGGCCUCCAGUCUCUCCUACAAGGAGAAGGAGCGGAUCAACGUAGUGAUGCUAGAAAACGAGAAGCUGCUGGAGGAGAAGCGGGAACUGCUGCGGAGGAUAAGUGAAGCAGAGGACAUGGGCAGCAAAGGCAUGAGGACGGCUUCCACUGUCCAGCACAGGGCUAAUGUCUUAGAAGUGGAAAACAAACAGCUGCAGGACAGAACCAUGAAGCUCUCCAAUCAAGUCAGGUCCCUGGAGCGUGCCCUGAGGAACGUUGAGUCGUUCUACAGUAUGGAGAAUGCCAAGAGAGCGCUCUCCUCUGAUGAUUUCACAGAAGGCGUCCUGCAUUCAUCAGCUCUGAGUCUGACCUCAGGUCCCUGUGAUCAUGUGGACAUCGUGGACGCGAUCCGCCGCGCGACGGUGAGCAAGCACGCGGUGCUGGACGGCACGAGGACUUCCGUCUCUACGCAGCAGCCGUCUGAGCAGGGAUACCUGAACCUCACCUCCCCAAUGGUCACUCCAGCUUCCACUAAAGGCAGAGAAGAGACCUCGGAUGACAAAGACCAGGGGUGAGAGGCGACGGGAGUUUAGUGAUGUCACUGCCAUACAACGUGAUCUGCUUACAUAGGGGUCGUAUUUGAAAAGCAGAUUCUUGUUUGCCUCAUACGUACUGUAUUUGACCCAGCAGCUUACAAAGCCUUUAUUAAUCAAGUAUUUUUCAACAUACUCUGUUUUUAAAGACAACAGUGUCCAUUGGGAUUCUAUAUUAGAAGCCAGCCUGUUUAUUUGGAAUGCAAACACGUGCAAAUGGUUUUCUAAAAGUUUAUUAUGUUACUUUGGUUUGUUUGCCUUUGCACACCAAAGCUUAUGAGCAUCACUUAAAGUUUGAAAGACUGAUACUGUUUGUAAUAUAGCAUUAUGAGAAGCACUUCACACCAGUGCUUUUAAUGGGAAAUACAUUUUUAUGACAGUUAUUUUAAUGAUUCUAGUUGAACUGAAGCACUUUAACAUGUUUUUUUUAUAAAGAUGUUUACAUUCAAGGUGUUUUAGCGAUGCUGUGCAAAUUUUGGGAUAUUAAUAACUUUUCCUGGUUCGAUUUUGCAGUGUUUUGAUGCCUUACGAUGCCUAAAGUGUUGGUUACUUUUGUACUUAAAAGGAAAAAAAUAUAUAUAAAUUGAGUGAAUUUUUUGCCAGUUUACAAGUUCUGAAUGUUUUACCCAUCUUCUAACAGGGGAUUAUCUGGUACUUUAAACGAAACCAAUUCUGUCCUUUUUUUUUCUUCUUCUUGGCCUAAUUCAAGUUUUCUCUGGUUGUUUUUUUUUCUCUUUCAUUGUUGUCCACAUUCAAAAAAAAAAAAAGUUUCCUCCUGCGGUUUUCAAGCAGCACAGCGUGGCCACAUCUGCGCGAUAGUCUUACAUGCUUGGCAGUCUGUUUGAAACACUGAACUCCAUCAAAACAAGAUCCAGUUUGACUCAUAGCAAGAGCCAAAUCUUUUUGUCACGACCAGAUAUAAUUACAAAAUUCAUAUUUGUGGAUGUUUCCUUCAUUGUUUUUUUUUUUUUUUUUUUUAAUAAUUCAGCGGUCAAGUUGUCUGCAUGUAACAGAAUAGAAGGUGUGAUAGCAUGAUUUCACGCACGGCUUCCUGUCACACAAAGUCAUUGAUGUUUAGUCGUGAUGUGACAGAACCGGUGUCAUACAUUCUGAACUAAACAGAGACGCACUGUGUAUUUAUAUGUACUCAAAUUCUGCGAAGGAAACUGCCCUGCCUGUCACAGGAUGAACAGAACUGGACUCAUUUAUUAACACAACUGUAAAGAUGUAAAAAAAAAAAAACAACUUAAAAAUUACUCAUAAGCAGCAUAAUCAGAAUAGGAAUUUAAAAAAAAAA